CUCGGCCACCGGACCGGCCUCCCGGAGCGCGGCAGCGGAGCGCGGCCGGACGCGGCGGCGGACGGGCCCGCGGCCACGGAGCCGGGAGCGGACGCAGCCUGGGAACGGGGGGCGUGGUGGAUCUGGGGGCGUUCUGAGUCUGCACACUGCAAGCAGACAUGUCUUUGGAUGACAUUAAAAUGAAGUCCAGUGACUUCCUGGAGAAGGCGGAUCUGGACAGCGGCGGCUUCGGGGAGGUGUCUCUGUGCUUCCACAGACUCCAUGGAUUAGUGAUCCUGAAGAGGGUGUACACAGGGCCCAAGCGUGCCGAGUACAACGAGUCUCUGCUCGAGGAGGGGAAGAUGAUGCACAGACUGAAGCACAGCCGGGUGGUGGAGCUCCUGGGCAUCAUCAUGGAAGAGGGGAACUACUCCCUGGUGAUGGAGUACAUGGAGAAGGGCAACCUGAUGCACGUGCUCAAAGCCGAGAUCAGUAUCCCGCUUUCUGUAAAAGGAAGGAUCAUCGCAGAGACCAUCGAAGGGAUGUGCUACCUGCACGGAGAAGGUGUGAUACACAAGGACCUGAAGCCCGAGAACAUCCUCGUCGAUAACGACUUCCACAUUAAGAUCGCCGACCUCGGAGUUGCUUCCUUUAAGACGUGGAGCAAACUGACUAAAGAGGAACACAAUGAGCAGAGGAAAGUGAACCGCACCUCCAAGAAAAGUGGCGGCACCCUGUACUACAUGGCCCCCGAGCACCUGAAUGACAUCAACGCGAAGCCCACGGAGAAGUCGGACGUGUACAGCUUUGCCAUCGUACUCUGGGCAAUAUUUGCCAAUAAGGAGCCAUACGAAAAUGCCAUCUGUGAGCAGCAGCUGAUUCUGUGCAUAAAGUCCGGCAACCGGCCCGACGUGGAUGACAUCGCCGAGGACUGCCCUGGGGAGGUCGUCAGCCUCAUGGAGCUCUGCUGGGAGGCCGACCCGAGAGCGCGGCCCACGUUCCCUGAUAUUGAAGAAAAAUUUAGACCUUUUUAUUCAAGUCAUUAUGAGGAAUACGUAGAAGAGGAUGUGAAGAGUUUAAAGAGACAGUACCCAGAGCAAAGUGCGGUUGUGAAGAGAAUGCAGUCUCUCCAGCUGGACUGUGUGCCCGCGCCUCCGAGCAGGUCCAACUCAGCCACAGAACAGCCCAGCUCCCUGCACAGUUCCCAGGGAUUCAUGACGGGUCCUGUGGAGGUGUCCUUUUUCUCUGCCUGCCCUGAGAUCUCGCAAGAAGAGAAUGAGCCCAGCCUGCAGAGUAAGCUCCAGGAGGAAGCCAACUACCAUCUUUACGGCAGCCGCAUGGACAAGCAGAUGAGACAGCCGCCCAGGCAGAGUGUGGCUUACAGCAGAGAGGAGGAGAGGAGACGGAGGGUUUCCUAUGACCCUUUUGCUCAGCAGACACCCUAUGAAAAUGUCCAGAAAACAGGAAUAAAAGUCCACAGUUACCCUGGUACAACCAGUCACAGCAAUGCAGCGCACCAACCAACAGGACUAACCAGCCAACCCCAACCGCCAUAUUGGAACAAUGGAGUCUACAGUCUGCAUGGUUUUGGAACAAGGCCUUUGGAGCCGGGAACAGCAGGUCAAACAGUUUGGUAUGGGCCCAGUCUAAGCCCGAUGUCAAGUCUGUAUAAAACUCCAGUGCCUGAGACCAACCUUCUAGGAAACACACCCACCAUCCCAUUCAGCUCCUUGUCGCCAGCAGAAGAGGCUAUGAAAUGCAGCAUAUACAACAGCAGUGGCAUUCAGCUUGGAGCCUGUAACUACAUGGAGAUCGGCGGGAUGAGCUCAUCACCACUAGAAUGUUCGUGCACACACUUACAGGAGCCAGCUUCUAAGUACCAAGCCAUCUUCGAUGACACCACGAGUCUGACGGACAAACACCUGAGCCCCGUCAGGGACAACCUGGGAAAACACUGGAAAAACUGUGCCCGGAAGCUGGGCCUCACCGAAUCGCAGAUCGACGAGAUUGACCAUGACUAUGAGCGAGACGGACUAAAGGAAAAGGUGUACCAGAUGCUCCAGAAGUGGCUGAUGCGGGAAGGCACCAAGGGGGCCACGGUGGGGAAGCUGGCCCGUGCGCUCCACCAGUGUUCCAGAAAGGAUCUCCUCACCUGUCUGAUACACCUCAGCCAGAAGUAACCCUGGGGCGGGCGGAGGUCCUGGCAGCGGGAGGCAGACGCCUCACUCAGCGAGGAGCCCAUUGCUAAGAGCUGCCCAGCGCGUGCAGAAUUCUGUUCGCACUGGGACGGGUUCCGUAUCGACAUGAAAUCAUUUCCCGCACUUUGGAGCUGCAGAAUGGGAAGAGAAAUCCUGGCAAGUGGGUUCCGGAAAGCAGGAAGACCUCUUCAUGGCCCAGAACCAAUCAGAAGCACAGCCCGGUUGGCUUUUGAAAGGGAGGAGAGAGAGACUUGAGGGAGAUCGCUUUCCAUUAUGCUAAUCAUUCUGUUUCCUGGAGUUUUGUUUGAGCAAGAAAAAAACAAAAAAUCCAGAGCUCUCUUCUUCUCCACACAGGCUUCUGUUAAAACCCAGGAACAGCGGGGCUCUAAGUCCUGCUCAGUAGGCACUUCUGAAUCGCAGCCACAGGUCAUCUCCGACGGCAGUCUGUUAACGGCACUGUCGAGCACUCUGUCGGUCACUGCAGGCCUUAUGAAUUGCACGCAGUCUCCUCUCCAUUAUAUGCACAUACACGUUAGCUGACUUUAUACCCAGUUAAUGGGUAAAUGAACCGAGGGUGUCCUGUGGAAUGCUACGGGGCAGGGGAAGUCGGGCUGGGCGGGGAAAUCAUCAGAGCUCCCUUGGCAGGUGUUGCAAGAAACUGCUAACUGUGACCACUGCAGAAAUCCUUAGUUUUUUCAGUUCUUCUCGUAUUUCUGCACAGCCUGGGUCCCUUGAGGAGAGAGUGGGUAUUUGAGGAGCAGUGAUCUCUGCCCCCCAGGUAGGACUGGGGCUUGGGGACUGGUCACUGGUGAGCCGCCGCCUCGGUUUACCGCAGUGUGCUGUGGAGGUGCUUUCUCUGUGUGCUAUGACGUAGACAAGGGACAGCUGCAGAGGCUGCUCACUGUGCCCCUGGCACUCGGCCUUUCCGAGCCCACUGGAAACCGGGAGGCAAUGCAGGAGCCACAGACGGAAGGUGCCCAGGGCCCCCGGACAGCGGGAAUGCCAUUGACCUCGCUCUCCUGGGAAGGAGGGGGAAGGGAACAGGGGUGGUCUUUCCAGCUGUCAGAACGGAUGCUGGGGUUUUGGGUUAACGUGUCGGUUCUGAUUCUGAAUCCCCUCCAGCUCCAGCAGACACAGCCGGCCAGCCACACCUCCCACCCCCAGGAGGAGGCUGCAAAGCAAGGUUUCUCCCUCAGCACCCUUGGCAUCUUGAUCUGGAUAGUUCUUUGCCGUGGGGCUGUCCUGUGGCUUGCAGGAUACUUGGCAGCAUCCUUGGCUUCCACCCACCAGGUGCCCUGAGUGCCGGUUUUCCCCUCUUCUCCCCUGAGGUGUGGCACCCAUCUCCAGAUGUGGCUUCGUGUUCCUCGGAGGGGCACAACCGCCUCCGUGGAGAACAGUGCUGUACAUCGGAGCUCAGUCUCCUGUCCACACACAGAUCCGGGCUCACCACCCAGCUGCCACUCAGCAUUAGGCCCGCAGAGGGCAAAGAGAACUGAAGGAAGAAAGUGCCCUAACUUCCCCAGCGGGGCCUGGAUGUUUUCCCUUUAAAAACGAAUUCCCUGUACCUUCACUCUAAUGGUGUUCUCAAGUCUCCACAUUCAGAGAUCAGUGUUAAGAGAGAAAAAUGACAGAUUUUAAUGGACCUUCUAGAAUAAAAUGCUAUACCUCUGAA